AUGGAGAAGAUUAACUACACUGCUGGUGCCCAGGAUUUAGCACAACGGAACUCACAUUAUUCCAGCUGGAGGUGUUUUAAGGAGAGCCAAGGGCACAUGGCUAUGGGAUGUAAUCCAGAUACAAGAGGACCAACCAGGAGAAGACGUAACAGACCUCAUUUAAUGUUCUGGAGACCUUGGCUUCUCAACAAAACCACAGCCCCGAAAUCUGAAAGAAUACCACAUGUCUCCAGAUUGUGUGAAAAUCCUCAAGCUGAGCAGAGGCCUAUAGAGUACAACCACCCUGUGAGGCUAUUCUGGCCAAAAUCAAAACCCUUGGAUAAUAUGUACCAGGAAGCAGCAGAUUUACUGAACAAUUUUCCAGUCCAGGCCACAAUAUCUUUUUACAAUGAUUCUGAGUCAGAUACAGAUAAUGAAGAUGACAGUAGUGAAGAAGAACAUGAUUCUGGGUUUGAAUCAGAAUGA